AAUGUCAAGUAAAUGUAUGGACGAUAGUCUCGAAGAAGGUUCCAGGCCACUCCAGCAUUAUUGUAUAACGCUGGGUGUGGGGCCUCUGUGGUGGUCCGAUGUGCCCCAUGCCGCAUUGUCUGUAUCUACAGUCAACACAGAGAGCCGCGGCGUGGGGAUCAAGCAGAGUCAGCUCUCUGUGAGCUCCCACAUUGUGCAAGAGGAUGAAUUGUUGAAAGCUGUAAGAAGUUGUGAAUCAUUACGCCUGACCUUUACGCUUCACUUAACAGAGAGUACAUCUGUUGAGUGGGAAACUGUAGUAUGGCGCCGCUGUCUUUACAUACGCGUACCAAGCUGCCUUCUACCAGAGGGUUCCAAGGAGGGUUUUGUUUCCCUUCUGGAAUAUGCCGAAGAAACACUACAUUGUACUAAUAUCAUUGUUUGUCUCCGUAAAGACAAAUCAGAUCGAGCAAUGCUGGUUCGUACCUUCAUGUUUUUGGGCUUCACAGUACUACCACCGACUCAUGCCUUGGUACCACCAGGCAGUGACGCUGGUAAUCUCUACAUGCUCUAUGCCAUCGAGUAAUCGGCAAGCAGCUAGACUCCUCUCUCAAAUUUAACGCGCAGGUACCAUUAUAACGAAGUUUAUGAUAGAAUUCAACAAAAUGGAUAUGUAAGAAAUUAAAUAGCCUGGUUUUUGUUUUUAAUAUUUUUUCCUUUUUUUUUUUUUUUUUUGUUUGCUAGAUGCAGUUUCACAUUUUGUGUGAAAACUGCGGAACAGAAAUUUUGAUUUCUUUUAUUUUAUAGUGUAAAUGACUAGUGAGAAACAAUUGACAUUUCGAAAUCUAAAAGCGAAGAAAAAUAAUAUGUAUUGGUGUAUCACCUUGGCGUUAAAUUUAAGAGAUAUUUAGGAGAACAGAGAGAAAUUAUAGUCUCGUAUAUGUAGAGCGCGCGUACGUAACAGGCUUUUGAUGAAUGUAUCAAUUCAUUCUCUUGAACACAAUGUUAAUAACUCUUGUAAGAUCGUAUAAAUUGCUGACAAAGCUUCCCACGUAUUCUGAAGGAAUUUGAUGGUUAAAUGAUACAAAUUAAAUAAUUAAUUGUGACAGAAAACCAUCAAAUUAUAGGAAAAAUUUAUUAUCGAUAAAUCUCUAUAUGUUAAUCGUGGCAGAUUGGGUAUCACCAUAUUUUUCUUUCUAAUAAGAUUCACUUUCUCUUAUUUCUUAUCAUUAUUUCUAAGUAUUAUCGAUAUUAGUAAUAUUUUAUAUAUAUAUAUAUAUAUGUAUAUAUAUAUAUAUAUGUAUAUAUAUAUAUGUAUGUAUGUAUGUAUAUAUAUAUAUAUAUAUACUUAGAUUUAAUAUUUGUUGUGCAGGCUCUACUCAAAUUUUAUAUAUAUAUAUAUAUGCGAAUCUGAUUAUUUCGUAGCUCAGAUUUCUAGAAAACAAAUUUUUGAAAAUUUCCGAAACCAUAAAUCAACAAAAUUGUUUGGUAUAUUCUUUGAGAAACAUGUUAUGUUAAUGUAACAAAUGGUGUAAUUAUUCGCUUUAUUUCAUAUACACGUAGUAUUUUGAGAAUAAUUUAUUUGACCUUAGAAGUUUAAUCAAUAACGAUCCAAUUGCAGUAAUCACUACUGCAAUGUAUUAAAAUAUCUGGAGUAUUAUAUUGAGUAUUUUUCUUUUUCUUUUUUUUUCUUUUCUUUUUGUUAGUAUAAUAAGACAGACACAUAUACACAGUACUUAUAACCAAAUUCGAAAAUUUCAAUAUAGAAUGAUUAUCAAAACCAAAUAUUUUGUUUUAAGUGAAGAUAAUAACAAAUUAGAGAGACAUAUUACAGUUCAAUAAUUCAGAUUACCUUUUUUUUUUUUCUUUUUUUUUCUUUUUUCUUAAUUAUCAUAGAGGUACUGCGACUUUGUAAUUGUUGUUAUUAUAAUUUAUAAUUUUUAUUAUAUCUAGUUUUAUUAAUUUUUAAUCAUAUUAGAAUAUAAGCAAUAUUAUAUAUAUCUGGUAAUUCCCAAUCGAUUAACUUUGGAGAGUUCUUGCUAAUAAAUGUGUUCUUUAGUGUUGACUUGAUAACAGACAAAGUUGAAAAUGAAAAAAAAAUACAAAAAAAUACAAAAAAAAUGUAAAAUAUUAAAAAAUCAUAAAAAAUGUUCAUAGCUUAGUAGAAAUAUAUAUAUAUAUAUAUAGAGAGAGAGAGAGAGGGAGAGAGAGAGAGAGAGAGAGAGAGAGAAAGAGAGAGAGAAAAGAGAGAAAAGAAAGAAAAAAAGAGGUAAGUGAAGAAUGACGGAUUAUUAUGUGUUAAAUUCAUUCAAAGUAAUCAAGAGAAUCUACUAAAAGAUUUUAAAUUGGAAGAAGAACAAGUCUAUAUACGUUUUAUUCCGUCAGUUAGUAUUAUAUAUUCAUACACACUUGACCACCUAAAAAGUAUAUGUAUGCUACAUUUAUUAUUCAUACAUGAAAAAUGAUUGCUAAAUAAAAAUUGAAUAAAACACAUUAUGUCGUUAUUUCAGUCGAAAAAUAAUUCUUACUUAUCUCGUAAAUUUUGUUGAAAAGCAAAAAAAAAAAAAAAAAAAGAAGAAAAAAAGAAAAAAAAAAAGAAAAAAUUAUAUACAUGUUGAGAGAGAUCCGUUCAAAGAGAUUUAUAUUUUUUGCGAUUUUUAUGAUUUAAAAAAAAAAAAAAAAAAACGCAAUUUCGAAAUGAACAAAGAUGUAUGUAAUCGUGCGAAGAAUAUGAAUAAUGCUAAUUAGAAAGUUAUAAAUGCAGAUUAUUAAAAAGAUCAGUAAUUUUUUUUUGUUAUUUCAUAUAUUAAUAUAAUCAUUAUCUUGUAAAAAUAUAUAAAAACAAUUCACAAAAGCUUAAAGAAAGAACAGAAUAUUAUAUAAUACUUCUUUUGAUUAUUGUUAUUUUUUUUUUCUUUUUCUGUCUUAUUAAAACAUUCUACUAUAAUGAUCUCUAUUGUUCUACACAGAUUUUAUAUUUCUACAUAUUAUAUAUUGAUAAUAUGUUUAUAUGAUAUCGUUGAGAUAUUCCUAUAUGAUUAUAUUUCAAUAGUUUCGUUAAAAUUUUGGAAUUGUAUGCAUGAUUAAGAAAAAAUUUGUUUUGUUUAUUUGAAAAUUGAAGCAUACCUUUGUAUAUACUUUCGUUAACAAAAAUUAAUCAUUUACAAUAAUUGUCUACAAAUCCUGUAAAUCAGAAUGAUUAACACGCGUUUGUAUCUCUUUCAUACUUUAUACAAUCACAAUUAUAUUUUUUCACUCUCA